AUGGCGAAGAAGCUGAGGGUGAGGGUGAAGAGCUCGAUUCUAGUGCAACCUGCUGAAGCCGAAUUAGGUAGAGGCAGCAGCAGCAGCAUAGCCCUCUCUGAUUUCGAUCUUGUAGGAAACCUGGGCCAUGUUCCCUCCAUCCAUUUCCACAGGCCUUCUCAAAAUUGGCUUUCUCCACCGCACAUCAUGUUCCACACCCUCCGAGCAUCUCUGGCCCAACUCUUGGUCCCUUAUUACCCCCUGGCCGGCCGCCUCCGCCCGCUCGGGGGCGGCCGCUUCGAGAUUGUCUGCAACGGCGCCGGGGCUUUGCUGGUGGAUGCCGAGGCAGACUUAUCCAUUACUAUGGAUGAGGUGAGCGAGUCGGAUUACCUCCAUCUCACACCUCACUUGGACAUCGCCGCCACCACCCUCGAAACCUUCCCCCUCGCUGCUGCGCAGAUCACAAGAUUCGCGUGCGGCGGGGUCACGCUCGCUUUCGCGCUGUCGCACGCCGUGCUCGAUGGACGGAGCAGCACCGAGUUUGUGAGGCAGUGGGGAAGGCUUGCCAGAGGCGAACCGCUAGAGGGGCACCCCGCCAUCGAUCGAUCUCUUUUGGUCAAUCUCGGGAGGAGCGAGUCUUUGAUGCCGAUGCCCAUUCCGCCGGAGUUUGAGCUCAAAGCGGGCGGCGGCGUCGAAUCUUCUUCAUCAUCGCCAGCGCCAUUGUUGAUGCCGUGCAGCAUGGUGACGAUUAGCAUGACGGAGUUCCAGGUGGAAGCAUUGAGGAGAAAAGCGAACGAGGGCGGCGGAAAUGGCGCGCCGUUGUUCACUCGUUUCGAGGCAAUCACGGUGCAUAUAUGGAGGUGCGCGUGCCGGGCGUGGGAGUGCAAGGCCACGAGGGUGAGCGUGCCCGUCGAUUUCAGGAGGCAGAUGGGAUUGCCCAAAAUGUACGUGGGGAACGGGGUGCUGGAUGUGGUGGCGGCUUGCGCCGGCACUGCCACGGACACCUUGAGCUCUGCCGCCGGGAAGUUGCGGGAAGCGAUCAGAAAAGUGGACAGGGAGUACCUGACGAGGACUGCUGCUUACUUGAAGAGUGUGGAGGACUUGAGCUGCUUUCAGGACGACGACGGAAAGGCCGCGGCGCACAGAGUGCCGACUGUUCUGGUGACGAGUUGGCUGAGCGGGGUGUUUGGGGACGUCGAUUUCGGGUGGGGGAGGGAGUUCUAUAUGUCCCCUGUCAACUACGGCCAUGAAGGGGAGUGUGUCAUCCUUCCAGGAAAAGGAAACUCAGACUCAAACUCAUCCAUUAAUAAAUCUAUUGAUGUUAAGGUGUGUCUUCAGGAUCGACACCUUGAGGCUUUCAAGAAAUUCUUCUUACAAGAAUUAUCCACUCCGGAUCCCCCUCGACCUCGUCUCUAG